UUACACCGCACUCUACUCUUACCACAUUUAUUUUCAUCACUCUUCUGCAGUUCUCUCUAUAUAUAUAAAUAUAUGCUAUUUAUAGAAACUAUAGAUUUUCAUUUGGUAACACUAUCAUUAUCAACUGGAUUGAUUUACGAUGAUGAACUUGAAGCAUCUCUCCUCAUCUGCCAAUUCUGUCAUCCACCGAUGUGCUUUGAAAUUGGACACUUCGGUUGAUGCAUUAUUGGAAGAGUACAAGGGAGUAUGGAAGCCAGAGUUGGGCGAUUAUUCAAGGAAAUUAAUAGAGUAUUGCUGCUCAAAGGCCUUGAGGCAGGGGCCAGGUUGUGGAGUAGAAGAAUCUAUUAGUGAUAGUUCCUUUAGUCGCCUCACAUUUGACAUGAUGCUAGCUUGGCAAAGGCCAAGCUCCGCUGAUGAAGAAUCAUACAUGGAAUGUUUGGGUAAAGAGAAAGAAGAAAAGAAACCAUUGAAAGUUAAUCCGCCUCAUGAAGAUGUAUCACUAUUCUAUUCUGACAUCAUGCCGCUGCUUGUUGAUCAUGGACAAGGUGUUGAGGAAGAUGCUUUUGUGUGGUUUGCAUCAAUUCUGCCUCUGUCUGGAGAUGUAGUCAAUGGUAGAUUCAUCUUUGAAACGCUAACAGCACCUACAGCAAACCUGCUCCAUUAUCCAGCCUAUGAUAGAUUUCUCUCCGAAAUUGACAAGUGCAUGAAGCAUCUCCAAAAGCAGGAAAAACCAAAGGGAAUCGACUUUGUGGAUGAUGAAUUUAUAUUGCACGUUGAGGGAACUGCAAAUAGUCAACGAGUAGUCCGUCAUAUUGGAGGAACAAGCUGGCCAGGUAGACUGACACUCACCAACUAUGCCCUCUACUUCGAGGCAUCGGGAUCUGUUAAUUACGAAGAUUCGGUAAAAGUUGAUCUCUCAAAAAACAUUGAGCAAGAUGUGAAACCAGCUGCCACAGGUCCAUGGGGAGCGCCACUAUUUGACAAAGCCAUGCUAUAUCAAUCCUCGGAACUGACAGAAGGUGUACUGCUGGAGUUCCCGGAAUUAACCAGUUCUACAAGACGAGAUCACUGGAUGGCUCUAACAAAGGAAAUUAUUUUAUUACACCAGUUCUUAUCCAAACAAGAGUCGCUAUCUGCACAUCAAAAGUGGGAAAUGCACGCAAGGACAGUUUUGGGCAUCGUAAGGCUCCAUGCCGCUAGAGAAAUGUUAAGAAUGGCACCCCCAUUACCCCAGAGUUUUUUGAUCUUUACUUUGUUUAAUGAGCUACCUAAAGGAGAUUAUAUUAUAGAAGAGCUUGCAGAGACUCUGAAGCUUAUUGAUACUGGAGGGUCCUGCAGUGCAAGUUCAAUCCUGAGGAAUCUGAACAUGACUCGUGAGGUUACACCUGAUAUAGGGUCAAUUGAGCCAGAUGUUGUCGCCGGUGUCCCUUUGAAAAGUGCUCCAGAAGAUAGUUCGGAGUUAGAAGAGCCAGAUGUCGUGGACGGAGAUCCUCUAAAAAGUGCUCAAGAAGAUAGUUCGGAGUUAAAAGAGCCAGAUGUCGUGGACGGAGAUCCUCUAAAAAGUGCUCAAGAAGAAAGUUUUGCGACAUUGGAUGAAGUUGUUACAGAGGUGAGGGAACAAGCAAGGGAAAUCAAGUCAGCAAAAGCUACUACUGAAGGUUUAAAAGAGGAAGGGGUUGUUGAUAGUGCCCUUGUACUUUUGGAGCUCUUGAAACCACUGAAAAGCAGUUGGAUUUGGCUUCAAGAAGUACUGGCAUGGGAAAGGCCGGGUGCCACCAUCAAUCUGAUUGCUGCAAUUCUUUUCAUAACCUAUAAGGAGUGGAUUGGGAAGGCGUUGGCGACCAUCUUAUUAUGGGCAGUCUAUGAAAUGCUACGAGCAAGAAGACAGAAGAUUGGAGACAAGUAUAACAAGGUAGUAGUGUGUACUGCCACAGAUCAGACGGCAAUGGAGAGCAUUGUUUCAGCACAGCAAGGUCUGAGAAAUGCCCAUGACCUGGUGCAGCAGGUCAAUAUUGCAAUACUCAAGAUGUACUCUAUAUUGGCUUCUAGGGCUCCGAAGCAAGCAAAUACAGUGAUGAUGAUCAUGGUUGGGGUAGCACUCAUUGUAGCUGUAAUACCGUUCAAGUAUUUGAUUAUGGGUGUCACUUUGUAUCUGUUUGCAAUGAACUCAAAGAUUGUCAAGAAUCGUCGCACGACAAACGACACAGGAAAUCGGCGACUGAAGGAAUGGUGGGACUCGAUUCCUGUUAUUCCUGUGCAGAUUGUGGAUGACCCAGCGGAGUGUGAAUGAUGGCCUUUUGUUCCAGUUUUUUGCAGUCGCACUGUUUUGUGUAAUUAUAUGUUUUUACAUAGUUUCAUAGCAUACCAUAGUUGAUAAGGUUGAGAAGCAGUUUGUUUCGCGUAUGGCUUUCUUGUCUGUCACGUCUUACGAGUAUGUAGAAGUUUUAUAAGGCAAUCUUCACUCUUGUACUAUAUCUCAGAUUCUCAGUGAUAAAAUUUGGAUUGCUUUACUGUUCUGCGACCAAA